AUGUCUACUGAAGAAGAAGAUUAUUCUAAUUUAUCAUUAGAAGAAAGAUUAACUCAUAAAGUUUGGAAAGUUAGAUUACAAGCUUAUGAAGAAUUAGCAACCAAUAUUGAAAAUUCUCGUAAUGAAAUGGAUCCAAUUUUUAUUAAUUUCCCCUUGGAUAAUUUAAAAAAAAUGUUACUUGAUUCUAAUGUUGUUGCUCAAGAAACUGGUUAUAAUGCUUUUAAUAAAUUUUUAAUUUUUGGUGGUAAUGCCGCCAAUGUAUCAAAAUUGAAAAAUUUAGGUAUAGUUGGAUCAAUUUGUGAAAAAGGGUUAUUAUCAUCAAGGAAAAACACUAAAGAAUGGAGUAUUGAAUCAAUUUUAUUAAUGAUUGAAAUUUCUAAUGAUCCAAAUUCUAUUGUGGAAGAUAUUUUACCUUAUUUAACUAAUCGAUUACCUAAAUUAGUCACCGGUUGUGUAAAUUGUUUGGCGUCAAUUAUUGAAAAUUUUGGUUGUAAAAUUAUAUCACCUAAACCAAUUGUUCCUUAUUUAAGUAAAUUAUUUGCUCAUGCCGAUAAAAAUGUUAGAAAUGAAACUACCAAACUUACUAUUGAACUAUAUAGAUGGAUGGGUGAUGCAUUAAUCAACGCGUUAUUUUCAGAUUUAAAACCAGUACAACAAAAAGAUUUAUCAGCAGCAUUUGAAAAGGAAAAGGGGAAAACCCCAGAACAAAAAAGGUAUACUAAAAAGCAAAGAGAAGAAAUUGAAAGAAGAGAACAAGAAGCAGCAGCAGCAGCUGCUGCUGCAGGUGAAGAUGGUGAUAUCGAUGAUGUUGAAAUGUCAGAUGCCAAUGGUGGUGUUUCUGAAGAUAAUAAUGAAUAUGAUCCAUUAGAAUUUGUUGAUCCAGUUGAAGUUUUAAAUAAAUUCCCUAGUGAUUUUGAAACAAGAAUUUCAUCAUCUAAAUGGAAAGAUAGAAAAGAAGUUUUGGAAGAGAUAAUCCCCAUUUUAGAAAAAUCUCCUAAAUUAGUUACUACUGAUGAUUAUUUACCUGUGUUGAGAAUUUGGGCCAAAUGUAUGAAUGAUGCCAAUAUUCAAGUUGUCCAAUUAGCGGCUAAUUGUAUUGAGUUUGUUAUUAAAGGAUUAGGUGAUGAAUUCUCCCGGUAUCAACCAGUGGUUUUAGCUCCAGUGGUGGAAAGACUUAAAGAAAAGAAACCUGCUGUGGCCAUGGCGUUAGAUAAUGUAUUGGAUGCACUUUUCAAAUUAUCAGGGUUUGGUAAUGGGAUACUUGAUGAAGCAAUUAAUGGGAUGAAAUUGAAAACCCCGCAAAAUAAAAUUGCUUCAGCUAAUUUUGUUAAAAGAUGUUUAUCUUCAACUAAAGUACCACCGAAAACUUCUGAAAUUGAUGCAAUUAUGGAAAUUGGUAUAAAGUUAUUAUCGGAAUCUCAAGAACCAAUUCGUCAAGCUGCCACAGAAAUGAUUGGUACUUUAAUGAAAAUAACUGGCCCUAGAGAAUUGAAUCCAUUUCUUGAAAAAGUUGAUGAAAAUAGGAAAAACAAGAUUAAUGAUUAUUAUGAGAAUACUGCUCAAGUGAAAACAACUAUGACAAGUAAGCUGUCUUCUGUUGCUAGUGGAUCAAGAAAUGUUAGUACUGCUGGUGGAGCUUCUUCUUCAACAAUGAGACCACCACCAUCAUUAUCAUCGUCUUCUAAAUCACAAGAUAGAAAAGUUAGUGGUGCAUCUUCGACUAUUCCUGCAAAACGUACUGCAAGUUCUCCUGCUAAACGUGAUGAAGUGAAAAAUGGAAGAGGAAUGACUGCUAGAUCAUUAGCUAAACCAAAUAUCCCCAAUUUGCGACCACCUACAAACGCCACACAAGAUUCUUCUGGAGAAGUGUCGUCCUUGUCGCAACAAGUACCACCAACACCUACAUCUGGUGCCCUGAUGGAAGAAAUGAAUCUUUUAAAACAACAAAUAACUAAAUUACAAGAAGAAGUUCAAAAUUAUAAAAACCAACAAGAACUGCAUUUGAAAACUAUUAAAUUAUUAGAAGAAUCUAAUAAUAAUUAUCGAGAAGAAAUUGAAUCAAUUAAACGUGAAUUAUCUAAUGAAAAAAGAAAUGCCACCAUUACUACUAAUCAUAAGGAUACCCAUAUAAAUAAUUUGAAAUCAGAACUUGAAAAGGCAAAUUAUAGAAUUAAAGAUUUGGAACAAGAAAGAGAAAUUAAUCGAUUAGAACAAUCCAAUCUUGCAUUUGAAAGAAGUAAUAUUAGUAGUAGUAAUAAUUCCAGAAAUAGUUUUUAUAAACCAAGCCCUAGUAAAUUUGCUCCUAGUGAUAUUAGUACAGGAGUUAAACGGUUAUCAAUUGGUGGUGAAGAAAAUAAUAAUCUUGGAGGUGGUGGUGCAGCUAAUCCUAAUUUCCAUAGCAAUACCACCACUAAUACUCCUGGUGCUCCUAUUGGUGCUACUGGCAUGAAUAUUUCAAGACCUACCAAUAGUUUCCGUUCUAGUGUUAAUUAUGGUAGUAGUACUAGUUCAUUAACAUCAUCUAGUCGUCGAGAAUCAAUGGAUAUUGAUAAUGGAGCUGAUUGGAAACGUGCUGCUGAAGUUACAUUGCAAUUAAAAGCUAGAAUUGAGAGAAUGAAAGCUAGAACUCGGUCACCAUUAAAUAUUGAAUAA